AUGCCCCAAUCAGACUUGAGGUGGGGAUGCAUUGUGCCAAAUCUAGAUCGUUCCGCUUUGAGAAUGUUUGGACUACGGUGGAAGCUCCGUAGAUGGUCUAAGGAGAGUUUUGGCUUCAUUAAACUUCAGAAGCUUUUGCUGUUACAUGAUUUAGAGCUGAUUGAUGUCAUCAAAGAAUCUAGGUGCCUUAGCUUUGAUGAAAUUAUUCAGGAGCGCGGAUUGACGGAGAGUUUAGUGGAAAUCCGUAAACAAGAGGAAGUUUACUGGAAGCAGAGAUCUCAGGUACAAUGGUUAAAGGAGGGGGACGAAAACACAAAGUAUUUUCAUUCAGUGGCAAAUGGGAGGAAAAAUAUCAAUUUUAUUCCUUCUAUCAAUAUUGGAACUGCCUCCUUCACAGAUGCUAGGGAAAUUGGCAAAGUUUUUGAACAACAUUUUAGGGCUCUUUUUGGUCAAAGAAGGACUUUUCGUUUCAAGGUGGAGCUAUGCAAUCUUUUGAAGAACAAAGCCUUUGUGGACUUAUCCUCUCUUGAGCGUCCUUUUACACUGGAGGAAGUGAAAAGAGCGGUCUUUGACCUAGGAAGUGACAAAGCCUCAGGAUCGGAUGGUUUUCCUAUGUUUUUCUUUAAAACCUACUGGGAAUUUGUAAAAGGGGAGGUCAUGCAACUUUGCGAGGAUUUCUAUACUGGAAAGGCGAACUUGGAACGAAUUAAUUGGGCCUGCAUUGCACUUAUUCCUAAGGUCUUGAGCCCGUCUACACCUUGGGAGUAUAGAUCCAUUAGCCUAAUUAAUUCUUCAUUAAAAAUCAUCAGCAAGAUUCUGGCCUCAAGACUUAUCACGGUGAUGGACUCAUUGGUGGACCACACACAAUCUGCUUUUCUUAAAGGGAGACAUAUCUGGGAUCUCAUCUCCCGAACUAUUUUGUGGAACAUUUGGCUAGAACGAAAUUCCCGCAUAUUUCAGCUAAAAGCUUUACCGUCUUACAUUGUCAUCUUUAGAUCUGCUAACAUGCUUCUCUCAUGGUUAUCUACAGACUCAGACAGUCAUCUGCAACCCAACACCGAUGCUUCACAGAAAAUCAAGCGUUCACUCAACUUUCUUACCGAAACAGUUUCCCACCAGGCCGACAACUCGGCGCCUGACAUUGCACAUGAGUAA